GAACUAAAUGUCAUGGCUUGAAAGUGUUCCAAUUUGUUGUAUUAUGUCGAAAAAGCAGGAAUAUUUAAAUACUUCAAGAUUCUUAGCGUCCCAUGAAAAUGGAACUAUUUCCUUCGAAAUAAAAUUAAUUUCCUUCUGUAUUUAGAGAAAGUUUAUCACUUCAUUGAUGAUUGAACUCCAGUCAUAAUACAAUGCGCUGUACGCUCGGUAUAUGACGUAAAAGAUGUAAUUCAGAUGCACUGUAAUUCCGCAACAAUCACGUAACAGUUAUUUCUAUCUUUCAUCGCAGCGAAGCAACAGCGUACCACGGCUUAAGAUCCGCACGGCCAGGAGAUCUCCGCAUUCUCCGAGGGUGAGCAUUCACGUGCAGUCAAUACCACUUAACGUGAACAGAGCUGGGCCAGUUCGCAUGACGUAGAAAUUUUUUUUUUUCGUAUUUCCACUAUGUCGGCAUGCCCCACACCUAAUAGUUUAAGCGUAUUUGUAGAGUUGAAGCAUACGUCAAAACGUGGCUACUCUGGCUUUUUUUUUUUUUUUUUUCAGAACUAUGAAUCCAGUCGGGACUCGUCUGAAUCCGCCAGUAGCACCUGUUCAACAAGAAGAAGAAACAGGGCUAUGAGGUCGGAGUGGGCAAGCACGACUACCAGACCUCAUCAGCCGCCGUCGGAGACGAACAGGAAGGAGUUUGAACCAACAGCCCACCCGGCAGCGACGACCAGCGGCUAUGCCAUGCCCUCUGUGUACUACCUGAGGCGGCGACUACUGCGGCACCACUCGUCGCAAACGGAGGAAGAUCCCUGCACAGAAACCGACUCAACGCAGGGAAGCUGUGGCUCUCCCUUACAGAAAUAUCAGCCGAGCCCUCCUCAGGCGAGGAGACGAACAAGCAGCUUCGCGGCAGCCGACGCCGUCUGCCGGGAACCGCGCACCUCGGACCUCGACUCGAGCCUCGUGAGCAGCAGCAGCGGCUCGGGGGCAGUGCCGCCAGGGGUCGCCGUGCUUCGCUUCGGAGCGCCCGCGCACACGGACAAGGCUCCGAGCCCCAUCAGGGGCGCUUCGGCGGCGCCCCAAUGCCACAGCAGCGAAGCCGGCGACGGAGCUGCGCAGUGCGGGGGCGACACGGGCUACGGCGAGACCUCGUCGUCCGAGGAGCAGGAGUCGAGCUGGAGUCGCUCGACGGAGUCGUCGGCGGCCCCGUCCUCUUCGUCGUCGCCAUCCCGCGACACGGCCUCCGGAGCGCUGGCCUCGGUGUCGGACGACCAGGACGAGACUCAGGCCGAAGACGACGACGAGGACGACGGCGAGGUAGACCUCAGCAAACUGGAGACCCGUACCCAAGCUGCGCCGUUCGAGUGGCCGCCAACGACCAUUUCGCAUGCACCGACAGGAGAGGGGGAAUUAGAGCAGGAGAGCGAGCCAGGAACGAGCGGACAAAUGACGUCCACGGAAGAGCAGCUUCAGUCGCUGGACACGGAGGACGUAUCCCAAAUGACGGCAGCCAGCGAGGACCCAGCAGACGACACCCUGGAGCAGGAACCAGCUGAAGACCAAUCCGAAGCCGAAGCUCAAGCCAUGCAACCUGCCGAACCGCCCCUGCCACCGGCACCCCAGUUCCUUAGGCCCACCAUAGAGAUCGACAGGAGUGACAUCCUCCAUACGGCCAAGCCCGAGAUCGACGAAGGGGACUUCGGCGUGGGUCCGUCGUACACCAAGAUGACCGAGGCCGAGUUCGUGGCUCGGCUAAGCAUCCACGAAGCUGCCCGUACCGGGGACCUCCACGUCAUCAAGCUCUUGCUCAAAAGCGAUCCCAAGAGAAUGGAAACUGUCGACGAACGCGGCUGGACGCCCAUUCACCUAGCCGCAGCAAACGGACACGCAGAGGUUGUGCGGUUCCUGGCAGUUGAAGGUGCGGACGUGGCUGCUCUCGACCCGACAAGCUACACGGCGAUGCACUUGGCCGCGAUGAACGGACACAACGCAUGCCUCGAGGUGCUGCUGAAGGUGGGAGCCGACGUGGACAACAUCACUGCCGACGGCUUCACGCCCUUGCACUUGGCCGCCCUCAACAACUACGCGGACUGCGUGCGCACGCUCCUCUCGUGGGGCGCCAACCUGGCGGUGGAGGACGCGCUGGGCCGCACCGUCCAGGACAUGGUCGAGGAGUACGCCCUGGACGACGUGUCGGCGCUGCUCUCCGGCCUCUGGGCGCACGUCGACAAGUACACGCAGUCUCGAAAGCAGAAUGGGCAGUCAGAGAGCAGCGGCCGGAGGCGUUCGACCCGAAAGCUGGUGCAGAUGGCGGCAGCAGCCAUGGGCAAGCGGUGACCGCGGAAGCAAACUCAUCGUGCCUUUCGACCUUCAGCCAUGGGGAUGAGAAAUGGACCGCGCCGCUCAAUGCGAACACUCCCGACGUUGCUGCGACCGAAAUGCCAAGUAACCGGGCCGGCUUGAAGGAAAGCGAGGGCGCGAUUACGGUGCCACGCCGCCAGCCACACAAAGCGUUCACUCACGCGUCUCGCCGACAUCGCGUCGCAUGGCACCUUCAUUAGACAUUAGCUCGCAUCCGAAGCCAGGAAACUUGUCCAGGUGAUCGGUGUUCACUAAACGAACAUGGGAUGCUAUUCUAGACACCCUUCCGCCAUGUUGGCGAUUUGGUCCACCAAAAUCCUAUCAAGCAAUCAGAACAGACAAAAUGGCGAAUUUGACAACAUGGCGGAAUUUGACAGUGUUCGGAGGACGAAACUGGCUACCGACCGCCCGUGUCGUCAGCUGAGCAGCAACCCCGUGGCCCCUUUAGACGAAUGCCAAAGCGUUGAGGCGCACGCACACUCGGAGAGCACCAAAGCUGAACAACGACUGAGCUCGGUGCUGACAGUUUGUGGCUUCGGGCCUACACGAAAUGCCGGAAAUUCGCCAACAUGCGGCACAGGUGCCUCAGCAAUAGAACAUCUCAUUUCCUGCAAGUCGGUCCCGGUAACGGGCGCUGCUGCCGGAGUUGGCGCCAGAAAAACACAUUCUACAUGACACGAUUAUAGCGGUUGCAGCGUCUGACACAAAGGUAAGCGUUAUCAGCAAGACAAAGGGCGCGUUCUAUGCACUCGUACGACACAAGAGACACUGCAACCUCUGACACGAUUACUGAUCUGUGUCAAGUUCUGAGAUUAUUUAUAGUCAACAGAACAGUGGCUCUCAUUGCCUCUGAAAUGUCCGCGUGGCGAUAAUAUUGUUAUGAAGGCGCUUGUCCUUUCGUGUUGGUCGUUAUACGCGAUUCCGCGUGUAUUCGCCCUUAGUUCUCAGGGUCGAUAGCAACAAAAUUCUGAAGCCUCCACACAUCAUAAGAGGGGGCUCGGUCAAAUUUUCUCGGUGAAAUCAACCUGAAACACACGUGCACACACAAAAUGUGUUUUCAAUUUCGACAUUCAGCGCGUCUUAAUCCAUUGGACUCAAAUAAUUCGCAACGUCUUAAAUGGAGUUGUAAUCACUGUUAAUGAAAGAAUGUUUUUUAUCCCACGUUUUCUACGGAAGUUAUGAACUGAAGGGACCACGAAACGGGGGAGUUUUUUUCUGGCGCCAGUGGCGGUUAUCGCCGCGAUAAAUUCGUGACAACCUCACUUCAACACCGCUCGAACUUGCCGCAAAUAGCCCGCAGGACAAAUCCCCACACAAAGCGGCGCGAGUGAGUGCAUCGUAACUAGUACGACGAUAACGAAAAGGUGCUGUGAUCGCUGUUUGUGCGUCGCCGCAAUGAGCGCUUCCAUCACAGCCAUAUGCGAAACAGGCUGCACUGCAAGCUUCACGUUUAAAAAACCAGCACGCUUUAUGUGGACCAAAAUUUCUUACGGCGAACGGUUGAGGCAGCUCCGAUCUAAAAGAUGCGCUAGCGAAGGCCACUCCCAGUGCAUGCAGCGAUUAUUAUGUGGAAAUACAUUGUAUGCCAGAGCUGAAUAUACACAGGGUGUCCCAGCAAGCUCCAGCAAAGGUUUUAAAUGUACGCCGCUACGCUAGGGGACAUAACUAAAUGCAUGUUGAGGGCCUCUCUAUGGUGAAAGUAGAAUUCUCUUUUUUUUACAUUCUUGCCAAUAACGGAGAAUUAUUCAGCUUGGCGAAUAUUAAAUUCGGGAUCUGUGUGAGAUGUGCAUAAUUCGUUCUGCAACUUUCUCAGCAUAGAAAAAUAUGACUUGCACCACAGAGAGUCCAACAUUGUUUUGGUUUCGUCUCAUAAGGCCUACCGGCACAUAUCUUUAAAAUCUUGGCUGAAAUUAAAGCUGGGAUACCCUGUACAUUGCGGUUCAACCAGCAUAGAAAUUAUAUGUAAAAUUUGGCUAGAAGUAGAUGGCUCGUGAUUUGAACGUCCUUCGAGCUUCUUGCGUUAGCGCCAUUAGAAAAUUCGUUACGGCGUUUGUGGUCUCGAGCUCUAAGGUGGAAAUCCAGAA